GAAGGGGUAGACAGAAUAAUAGAACCCUUUUACCCCAUACGCGUUUUUGUGUAUACACCUCCUUACGAAGUCUGUCCAACAGUUUGGCUGCUGCUGAAGCUCUUAGCAUAUAUGUAGUUUUAGCGUCAGAUGUCACUCUCCGUCAAGCAAACGCGGGGUAAAGGCCAGUUUCCAUCUUGCUCAAACUUAGCACGGUCUUCUUAGUCAAUACGUUUCGCUCAUUCUGAUUGAGACAAAGGAGGACUAGAGCCCACUUGCACUUUCAUUUGGAUUCAAUUCAACGACGGACUUGACAACGCGAUGGCCAUUACUAUGUGUGCUGUGUGUGGUGAAUGUGAUGGUAAAAUCCUCCGUUGCAGUCGAUGUCAUUCUCGUGAAUAUUGUGGCAAAGACUGUCAAACCCAGGAUUGGCCAACCCACAAGAAAUCGUGCAAACGACAAAAUUUCAUCUUGAGAGUUGACUUAUGCCCUUCUUAUCUCACCAAUCCUCGCGUUACGCGAACUCUCUCAUGCCCUGCUAAUGCUUCUUUUGCCGAUCUGCAUGAAGCGCUUCAGAUUGCAUUCGGAUGGAAGGACUGCCAUCUCCAUGAGUUUGAGGUUCUCAAUCACAGCGAAUCCAUGGGCGAUAAAUUCUCGGCCAGCUCGCGGGCAACGCUCCUCCGCAUAAGCCCCUCAAACAUCCUGGAAGAAGCUCAAGACGACCAGAACAAGUGUAGCAGUGAAACUUUACUUAACCAAAUCCUGGAUGGAGAAUUGACAAGAGGUAAAACCAUAUUGUACCGCUAUGAUUUUGGAGAUGACUGGGAGCAUGUCAUGGUUUGUGGAGGACGAGCAGAUCCAACCGAGAAUUUCGAACUUUUAGGUGGAGAAGGCCAUGGGUGUGCUGAAGAUGUGGGAGGAUCUUAUGGAUGGAUCAAGUUAAUCGAAGCUUACGAUUCAAAUAACCCGACAAAAGAUCAGCGAGAAACUAUGGAUUGGUUUGAGGAAGAAGCACAUAACAAAGAUUCAUAUGGCCUCCGAGGAGCAGCAAAAUACACAUGGGACAAAGAAAAAUUGAACACGGCUCUCAAGGAGCUCAACACUUCAGCCCUAUCUGGAGAUGCUUCUUCAAUUCUUCUGAUAUCGCUGGGCAAGGAAUUUUGGUUCGAUGGAAUGUAUGCCGAUAUGAUUGCCAAGCUUCGCACUAAAGCCACGGUCAGAGAAGUAACGGAUAGCAUGUCAGCAAUGAAACACGUCAAGAAAUCAAUCGAAAAUUAUAGCACUAUCAUAGUCACUGACGCAGUUUUUAUGCAACCCAUAUACCAUGCGAUCAACCGGGAAUUGAUUGGAUACGUCAAAUCAGGUGGGAAAGUGAUAUUUGGCUUCAUGGUUCCGAAUCUUGCAGAGCCACCAACAUUUGAGAAGUUCUUCAGCAGUUCAGGCUGGGGUCUCAACUGGAAAUUUGGUACUUACACCAGAGAUACAUACGAAGUCAACAGUCAGGCCCACCUCACGGGACUUUGUCAAGCUACCUUGAAGUCUUAUAGCAUGAAAGCUCUCAGUUUACAAAAUGCUAAGCCACAAGACAGAGUGUACGCAGGUCCUGAUGGCGCUAGAGAUCAAAGUCCUGCUAUUUUCGCUAAAUAUGAAAGAAGCGGGGCAAAACAGGGUUAUGUUGGCUGGCUUGGCGAUGUCAAUACGGAGGAAGGAACAACCACGUUGCUUUUAGCAAUGUGUGGCUUCUGAGGCUUUUCAAUGGUUCACUACUCAGAAGCAUAAGAUAUCUGUUAAUCAAAACUGCUUAGAGAUCUUCUUGUCUUGCUUGCUUUUUAUUCUAAAAGUUGUGAAUUUCAUAGCAAUGCCAUAAUAAUCGGCUCAACUCACCGCGGUCUCGUUUUCCGCCGUUGAAGUGUUGAAGUUGAUCACGAUAAGACAAUGUGAAUGGUGCUGUCUUUCUCAGAGCCCAAUAGACGUGAAUAAUUUUCAACUAUCUCUUACCUCCAUCAAACGUUAUCGGGAUUUGUACCAAUCCAUGAGUUCUGCAGGAAACCCUUCACCGUGUACCCCCGGAACAGGCUCGAUCAACAACAAAGGGUUUAGUUGCCCAUAUUCCCUAGUCAAAACCGUCUGAACAACUUUAUGAAGUUCGAUCUCUUGUUUCAAAGUUGAGGCAUAUGAGCCAUCUCCAUGGGACAAUGGAAUAUAAUCACCCA